UCUAUCUGUUGUCAAAAUUUAAAUUAUUUUUCUAUUAUUUUUAAAAAGUUAUUUAAAUUUUUGUUGUAAUAAAAUCAUUUAUCACUGAAAAAAUGAAAAAAGUCAAACCCGAAUGGUCCAAGUCGUAUACAAUACGACCACGCCACCAUCUCCAAUCCCAUAUACUAAUCAAUGAGAAAAAUCGUUUUAAACCUUCAUAUGAAACUGAGGUUUGCCCCGCUCCCAUGAAUUUACUUAUUGGCUGGGAAUAUGCUCGUCUAUGGCUUAAGGAAAGAGACGAAUUUGUAAGAGCUCGUUUUAAUAGCAUUAAACCGAAACGUAUUAAAAACAACUAUCAAACUUGGCUAGAGAAACGUAAGCCUCGCAUAAAUGAAAGUUGCCGGGCCCAAGGCGUUAAGAAAUUAAUGGCAAAGGAAGAUAGAAAUAAAACAUCUUUUAAGAAAAAUUAGAUUAAAGCGAUGCCUUUGUACGUAAUGAAAAAUUUUACAUAAUAAUGAAAAUUUUACAUAAUAAAAUA